AUUCGAUUCAUCACGGACGCAGGAUCUUCCACAUGGCAGACAUCGGGCAGACGGAGUCUGGACCCCUCCCGCCGCCGACGGAGAAGGGCCUCACCCCCUCCACCGCGGUAUCAAACGACUCCAGCGAUGAGGGCCGGCCCACGGCGUUCUCCUCGGUCGUCCAGGAGAUUCUCUUCGUGGCGGUGGCCACCAUGGCCAUCGCCAUGUCGUCGCUGGUCACCGGCACUACCACCGUCCUGACAGCCCAGGUGCAGCGCGAUCUGGGCAUGUCCACCGCCGAACUGGCCUGGCUAACCGGCUCGUCCUCCCUGGCGUGUGGCUCAUUCCUGCUCUUCUUCGGCCGCCUGGCGGACCUGUUUGGGCGGAAGUCCCUCUUCAUCGGCAGCAUGGGCCUCUUCACGGUCUUUGCCCUGGGGGCGGGAUUCGCCCAGACGCCGCUGCAGCUCGACAUCCUCAACGGGCUGCUGGGUCUGAUGUCGGCCGCGUCGGUGCCGCCGGCGCAGGGCAUGUUGGCCAAUAUCUACCAGCGGCCUUCCAAACGGAAAAAUCGCGUGUUUGCCUGUUUCAGCGCAGGCAAUCCCCUAGGCUUCGUGUUUGGGAGUAUCUUCUCCGGCAUCGCCACGCAGCUGUUCAACUGGCGGGCUAGCUUCUUCCUCCUGGCCAUCAUCUAUGUCGUGGUCGUGGCCAUCGCGCUGUUCACGGUUCCGGCUGACCAUGGGGCCAAGGAGCCCUGGUCCCUGCAGGCCUUGAAGAAAUUCGACGCGGUUGGCACCAUUCUCACCAUCGCCGGCAUUGGGAUGUUCUCGGGGGCCUUGAGUCUCGGCUCCGAUGCACCUCAGGGGUGGAAGACGCCGUACGUUCUGGUGCUGCUCAACCUAGGCGCUAUGCUCAUCGUCGGCUUCGUGUUCUGGGAGCGGUGGUUUGAGUAUCCGCUCGUGCCCAUGUUCAUCUGGCGCGAUCGGGACUUCUCGCUCGUCAUCGUCGUCCUGUUGCUGGGAUUCCUGGCCUUUCCAAUCAUGACCUUCUGGAUCUCGCUGUUCCUGCAGGAGAUCCGACACUACUCCGCCCUGCUGGUGGCCGUGCACCUGCUCCCCAUGGCCAUUGGCGGGAUCCUGGUCAACAUCGUGGCCGGGCUCAUCAUGCACCGGGUGCCCAACACGCUGCUGAUGGCCAUCGGGGCCACGGCCUACACGGGGGCGUUCCUGCUGAUGGGCCUGCAGCAUUCGGACAGCAGCUACUGGGCCUUCAUCUUCCCGGGGCUGCUGCUGGCGGUCGUGGGGGCCGACUUUGAGUUCUGCGUGGCGAAUAUGUACGUGAUGAGCUCGCUCCCGCCGGGGCAGCAGAGCAUUGCCGGCGGGAUUUUGCAGACGGUGACCAAGCUGUGUGUGACCAUUGGGAUGGGCAUCAGCACGGCCAUCUAUGAUGCGGUGCAAGCCGGGGGGACGGCCACGCACGGGUACUUCCAGAACGAUCCCAUCGAACCGUACAGCGCGACCUUCCUCUAUUGCGCCGGCAUUUCCACCGUGGGGAUUCCGCUCUGUGCCUUUUUGCGCAUUGGGACGCAAGGCCAUGCAGGCGCGGGCAAGGCCAGUACGACGGGCAGUGCGGGAGACACGCCAACGGACAGUCCCAGCGUCAGCGGGGGCAGUCAUGGCAAGGGCGGGGAGACGGAGGUUUGA